GCCCCCUAUUGGUUUCUGGAGGUAGCGCAGCAUGAAAGCAGUGGGAAACAGAAACACUAUGGCUGCCACUCUGUCUCUUACUCAGCUUUCCAGUGGAAAUCCCAUCUAUGACAAAUAUUAUCGACAGGUGGAUCCCACUGGGAGCGGGCGGGUGGCGGCAGCAGAUGCGGCUCUUUUCCUGAAGCAGUCGGGCUUGGCUGACAUGGUUCUGGGGAAGAUUUGGGAUUUGGCAGACAUUGAAAGAAAGGGUUUCCUUAACAAACAGCAAUUCUUCAUAGCGCUGCGGCUGGUUGCUUGUGCUCAGAAUGGCCUGGAGGUGGCGCUUAAGAGUCUUAAUGUGGCUGUUCCUCCACCCAAAUUUCAUGAUACAAGCAGCCCGCAGUUGGCAAGAGGAGUGGCUGCUGAUGCACCCUGGGUUGUUAAGCCAGAGGAGAAGAUGAAGUUUGACGCCAUUUUUGAGAGUUUGGGUCCAGUUGGAGGGAUGCUGUCAGGAGACAAGGUUAAACCGGUUCUGCUCAACUCCAAGCUGCCUGUGGACAUCCUGGGCAGGGUGUGGGAGCUCAGUGACCUCGAUAGAGAUGGCAUGUUGGAUAGAGAUGAAUUUUCUGUGGCCAUGUUUCUGGUUUAUAGAGCUCUAGAAGGCGAGUCCGUUCCCAUGUCCCUACCGCCUCCUUUAGUUCCACCCUCUAAGAGGAAAAAACCCGCGGCGGCACCCGUGAUGCCCCUGUUACCCUCACCUCCCUCUGUGAAAGACAGUCGCUCCUCCCAUACCGGCUCGAAGACCCUUCCCCACCCUCCCAAACCCGCGCCAGCUCCUGCCCCAACACCAGCAGCCGCCCCUUGGGUUGUAUCGGCGGCAGAGAAAGCCAAGUACGAUGAACUGUUCAGCAAGACGGAUGGCGACAUGGACGGCUUGGUAUCUGGAGCAGAAGUCAGAGAUAUUUUUCUCAAAACUGGGCUGCCGUCUGCCACGCUCGCACGAAUCUGGGAGCUUUGUGACAUUGGAGACAUGGGAAAGCUGACUCGUGAACAGUUUGCCUUGGCGCUUUAUCUGAUCAACCUGAAGCUGACUAAAGGCCUGGACCCUCCACAGACUCUCUCUCCGGAAAUGAUUCCUCCGUCUGACAGACAAAACAGCAAGCAGAACAUUGCGAACCUGGCAGCUGACUUCUCUGCCAUUAAGGAGCUCGACACCCUCAGCAACGAGAUUGUUGAAUUACAAAGUAAAAAGUGCAAAGUGUCAGGAGACAUUAGACCAGAGGCCAGCAGCGGGACAGUGAGGCAGGGAUUUCUCAGAGAGAAGGUCACUGUGGAAGAGGAAAUCAAAGAGAAGGAGGAGGCUAUCCGACAGCGAACAGAUGAAGUACAGGACCUUCAAGAUGAAGUGGCGAAGGAGACCGAGGAGCUUCAGCGGCUGCAGUCUCAGCGUCAGAAGGUCCAGGAGGCUUUAGAUGAGCUCGACCAACAGAAGAACACCUUGGAGGAGCAGCUCAGCCUCAUUCGCCAGCAGACCAGCCAAGAGACACAACUUAUCUCGUCGCUGCAGUCUGAGCACGAGGAGCAGGAACAGAAGAUCUGUCAGUACGAGGAGGAUCUGGUUCAGGCACGAGAGGAGCUUCUGGCCCUGCAGGAAGAGAGCCGGAAGCUGCAGGAGAUAGUCCAAGCUGCUCAGGAGCAACUCACCCCUCUGCAGGAAUCUGUGCGGGACUCCUUCACUCAAGUUUGUCAGGUUCAGCAGAAAGUACAAGACCUUCGCGUGGAAGAGAGGUCAGUGACGGCACAGCUCAGCUGGAAGAGAGCGCUGGAGGACAGCUCUCCGGUCAUGGUCAAUGGAUCGGCCGGCUCCACGGCAGAGCUUGACCUCUUCAGUGACGACCUGCCCAAGGAGCUGAAGGAGGAUGAGCCAGCUGCUGUCAGCAAUCAGCAGAAAGAACAUUCAGACGAAAAGGAGAGGGAAGGAGUCUAUGAGAAGGAGGGACAGAGUGCAAAGUCUGCAGAGGAGGAGAAGAGUAAACCUGAUGCCCUGGAUGACCUCUUCUCCAGUCUGGCCAACACUGAUAUGUACAGCAGUCUGUCGUCCAUCUCUAAGGCUCGAGAUAAUCCAGUUGGGCAGGAAAACAACGUCGUGGCACCUGAUGUCUCAUCUGACGUCUCCGAUGUUGAAGAAGAAUCCCUAAAAGAGACUCCACUGAAGGUCGACUCUCCAGAGCCAGAGAGCCAACAGGAGCAAAUGGAGUCUACAGAAUCGACGCCCUCCCCGUUGCCUCCGCAGGCCGCUGCUCGCUCCCUGCCGCCACAGACGAGCCCCCCCUCCCUGCCAGAGAUGGACUUCUUCCAUGCAGACCCUUUCACCGACCAUGAUCCAUUCAAAGAAGAUCCGUUUGGAAAAGCAGAUGUUGCAGAUCCUUUUGGAGGAGAUCCAUUUAAAGGCUCAGACCCUUUUGCUGCAGACUCUUUUUUCACCCAGCCAUCCAGCAACACUUUCCCCUCAAAGGACCCAUUUUCAGCCUCAGGUGACCCUUUUGGCACUACUCCUGGAAUACCAGAACCGGACCUCUUUGCAGCUAAGGAUGAGAAUGCAGCACCACCACAAUCAUCAGCAACACCAACCCCAGACCCCUUUGUCUCCAAGACCACCAAUCCAGCAUCUAGUGAUCCCUUUAGCUCCACAGGGGACAACUUGGAGUCAGACCCAUUUGGAAGCAAACUGAACAACGCUGGAGAGUCGGAUCCAUUUAGUUCACAAGACGGAGGCUCAGAUCCAUUCAGCUCUUCUUCCACCAGCUCCGAUCUGGCAGUGAAGGACUCUGCGCCAUCCAAUGAUCCCUUUGCUCCAGGAGGCACCACAGUGAGCACCACCUCAGAUCCAGAUCCGUUCGCUGCUGUGUUUGGCAACGAGUCGUUUGGAGGAGGAUUUGCAGAUUUCAGCGCUUUGACAAAGUCAAACGGUCCUGACCAAUUUGGCAUUAACAACAAGAACCUGUUCCAGGAGGACAGCCAGCCUGCCAACUCUGACGUGCCCCCCGCCCUGCCGCCUAAAACGGGUACGCCAACUAGACCGCCUCCCCCACCUCCAGGUAAGAGAGCGUCCGUCUCUAGGACAGAGUCCUCUGACUCCUUCCAGCGGCGAGGACACUUCCUGCAGACCUCUGGAGACUUCUCCUCCUCUUCCUCCUCCUCCUCCCUGCCUGCCAAGGACCCUUUAGCCGACCCCUUCGCCCCCUCCUCCCCUCCUCGCCACAACGUGCGGGAAGCUGAUCGAUUUGCCAGCUUUGACAAAUAUCCAACCGAGGAAGACAUGAUAGAGUGGGCAAAGCGCGAGAGCGAGCGAGAGGAAAAGGAACGGCUAGCAAGGCUCACCCAGCAGGAGCAAGAGGACCUGGAGCUCGCCAUCGCUCUAAGCAAGUCUGAACUCUCCUGAGGAGGCGGCUCCCCUCAGCUGGGCUGGCGCCGCACAGCCUGACCCGGCCCAAAAAGCACCAAAGCAAGCGACACCAGGGGGGACGUGCACAGAUCUGAUGCAGCAGCUCCUGCAGAGACUUCAAAACUGUUCCCAGAAACAUUCAGCGCCCCUCUGGCCCCCUUCGACCUGCUCACUGUUCUCACGCCGCAGUAAAAACGCUUCUCCAUUCUGCUGGUCUGCACGGGUUUGACGGAAGGAGAAGACGCAAGAGUUAAGAGACACGGAGGAGGGAAAUGAACCAAGAUGGCUACAAGCUCCCCUUUAAGCCUGCAGAAUCUAACUUAUUUUAACAUGCACUCAGAACUAGCCUGAGAUGGUCCGUUUUCCGCCACUAACAACACUACUCCACGUUUUUUUUCCCUUUUCUAAGGGAUUUAACAUUCGUGUACUGUAGUACCCAGAAAUCCCCGACCUUUCUCUGUGCUCUUCAAUCAUCCUGCCAGAAAACCACAUUUGGCUGUGAAAAUUUGAGGUUUUGUGUAACAAAAUGUAGCGUCUGUACGUCUAUUUUAAGUAGCUCUUUUAAACUGAGCGAUCAUGUAUUGUCCUGGAGAUCUGAUCAAUUUUUUUUGUUUGUUUUUUUUUUUUUUUUUCCCUGUAAAUGAACUUUUCUACAUGUAUUCCCUGAAAUCCUGUGAAAUGUAAACUGCAUGUAAAGAAAAGAAGAAAAACAAACAAAUCCAUUCUAUUAGUCUUCUGCAGGAGGUGGUAUUUUUCACGUUUUCGCUCGUUUCUCUUUUAUGUUUGAAGAUUAGGGAUAAAACUACUUCCUUACAACGGCAUUUAAUUUUUGGGACACUACAUUUAAGGUUGCUGAAUAUUAAAAGAAUCACUUUUGAUAUAAAUGUAAUCUAUUCUUACCUGAUUACUCAGUUUUAUAAAUGGUAUAGACAUUUCAUAAGUGUGGCAUAGCUGAUCCCCCCCCCCCAACCAGAAAGUUUGGAUUCUAACAUUUAAAUUUGAAACAUUUCAUCAUUUUUGGGUUUGUGUUGGUGUUGUUUAGAUUUUCUAAGUGAAACUGAUCUCCCUAAGGGAAACUAUGAAAGUAUUCUCUCUAAAAGAAAAAUUGUUUUAAUUUUCUUUUGAUAAAUCUCUCAUUUGAUCAGAUUUCAAAGCGUUGCUGUGGUUGGUGCUCAUUCUCUUGGUGUUCCCAGAUGUUUUUUUUUUUUUUUUUAGGAGAUUUCUAUCCUUUAUGUCCAUCAGUCGUUGCAUCUCAGCUUAUUUCUUUUAUAUUUUCAGCAGAUCUUUCUCGGAGUCGAUGUCGUGUUGCAUCUCUGUGAGGAUUUAGAUCACCAGCUCGUGCUGUGACGUUAAAUCUUCACAUUUUACUCCAUCUUCAUGCCUUAUCACAGCCGCACUAACAGCUGCAGCAGCUUUUUUUAAAAAAAUAUGAUUUGGCGUUUUCUCCCAGUAUACAGGUACUUGUCGCACGUAAAAGCUGGAUUCUCAUAAGGGAAGAUUUGGCUGAAAAACGGACUGCCUUCGUUUCUUUUUAAAUCACUUGAUUAAAUACGCAGCAGCAUUAUGGAUCGGUUCUGUUAUGACUUUUACCAUGAGUCCUGUUUAUGUUUAACCCAGCUACUAUCUGUGAUUAAAAACAGCACUUUUUAACAAGUGCAGCAUCGUGUUGAAGUUUAUUGUAUAUACAAGAUUUGCAUGUCUGUUUCCUGAGUCUGUUAUGCCAGUGUUAAUAGUUUUUUUCUUUUUCUUUUUUCUUUUUUUUAUAAAGGCCAUCUUACUGUCCUUUGUACAGGCAAACCCAGAACCACUCAUGCUUGUAGACUUACUCUUAAAGUCUUUUUAAAUCUCGAACUUAUUGUAUUUUAUUUUGUAUUUUCUAACUUGUAAGAAAGAUCAUUAUCGGGUGGCUUAACCAGAAAACAAAAAAAUUGUAACACAUUUAAUUGAAACCGAAUAAAUAUUAAAAUGUGUA